AUGGAGAACCAUGACAGCGACAGUGAUGCUUUGGGGAGUUUUUCCGAUGAUUCCGGCGAUAUCGAGCUUACAGACGAGGAAUCUACUGGUCCCACAGAUACGAGAGAUGACCAGCUAUACCAGUUGGAACCGCAAAGAAAUGUCUCUAAAGCAGAUCAGCAGGACGACGAACCCAUGCCAGAUGUGGAAGCUGCGCAUGCUGAUCAAGACCGACUGAUAAACACGGACUGGUGCCAAUGCAAAAAUUGUGUUUUGAUGCCAACUGUAACGGAAAGUAUCUGCUGUAAGGAAAUUACAAAAGUGUCCCAGAAGAUGGAGGAUACAGAGGAAGGUUUGCCAUGUAUCUUGGAACGUCCAGGCUUCGACCCCGUUUGUCUAAAUCCUUACGUGUUGGAAACAGCCUAG